UCUUACGGCACUUGCGUGACUCGCGAGCUUGCCAGGAGCUCAUGAGCUUGCUCUCGCGCAGAACGGGCUGAACGGGUGCAGGUGCAUGCGCCCGAGUCCAUGGCUAAGUACCUAGUACUCUAAAUCGUUAACCACUUUUUCUAAACACAGUCCAUGGCUGCAGCCAUCGUCGAGACAGCCGAGGUUCUGACGCCUGGAGGUUAAGCGAGUGUUGAAAGACGUGGUGUGAAUUCUCUACUGCACUUCGAACAUGUGGGAGUCGCUGCCUUACUCGUUGCUCCUGCGCGUCCUGUCUCACCUUCCGGCGAAAGACAUAUGCCGAUGUGGCUGCGUAUGUGUAUCCUGGUCAAUUGCUGCUGAUGAUGAGUUGCUGUGGCGGAGGAAGUUCCAGCUGGACUGGAAGGUUGACCCGAGUGUUCCCAUUGUAAAGGGUGCCCUAUGGAAAUCGGAAUAUCGUCGCCUGUACUAUGAAGCACCUCUAGUUGAAUCUGAAGUACUGCUUGACCACAGUCAUCAGGUCCUGCAUGUAAGCUUCGCACACGAUGGCACUUCUUUUGCCAGUUGCUCUAAAGAUGGCCAUGUGAAGCUCUGGAGUGCCUCAUAUCCAGCUUCAGUCAUUCAUUCGAGGAAUAUGCGUGACCUGAGCUGGAACUAUACGCAGUUCUCGCAGUUCAAUGAAUCUGACACACUGCUGCUUGUGUCUGGCGUACACUUUGGAACUCAUACAGCUUCUGGGGAGAUUGCAGUUUUCAAUCUGAAAGAAGGCUUUGUCCUGCAAUGCAGAGUUCUCAACAAGCCCUAUGAUAUCUUUGGCACGUGGUACACUGACCAUUACCUCCUCUCUGGGAGGUUGUUUUUUCUUGGUCAUAUGAUAUCCUGCUCAGCCAUCUGGUUGAAUAAGGCGUGGCAGGAGAGCGAGUCGGAAAAGGAGCCCAUUGUCAAACCGAUGUUCAAGUUUUUCAAUAUUAACGCCAGCUCAGUGCGCACUAUUCUAGUUGCCAACUGUGAGCAGCCAAGCAGUAGUGGUAAUUCAGUGCCUGUAGUGCCUGACCCAUGUUCAUCCCAAGAUGAUGACGACACAGAUGAAGACAGUGCUGAUCUUGAUAGCCCCCUGGACCCUCGUGAGAAAUUGCUCAUUUUCACCACUGGUACUUUGACCUACGCACCACAUCAAGUGGGCUUCAAGCGCAUCGAGCCUUUCCCGUUUGCUAAUCCUGAAGAACCGCCGACGUUGCUACAGCGCAUUGCCCAGCGGGAGGAAGAAAGGCGCUAUCCACCGGAUCCGUACGGACAGUAUUUUGAUGACAUUGAUCAUCUUGUGGAUUUACACGGUCACAUUAUUGGCAUGGGGCUUUCACCUGACCACCGAUUUCUGUAUGUAAACAGCAGGCCUUGGCCUAAAGGCUAUGUUAUCGAGGAGCCACUUGCACCACCUCCGAUUGCACAAGAAAUUGACAUCCAUGUCAUAGACCUGACCACCAUGAAAGAAGUUGGCAAGUUGUUCCGUUCCCAUCGUGCAUACACUCCUAACGACGAGUGCUUUUUCAUCUUCCUUGAUGUGAGUGACCAGUAUGUGGCUAGUGGUGCCGAAGAUAAGAAGGGCUACUUGUGGGACCGCCACUACUCUGCCUGCUUGGCCACGCUUCCCCACAGCGAUGUCGUGAAUGCUGUGGCUUUUAAUCCCAAGGAUCCCCAGAUGCUAGUGACUGCAAGUGACGAUUUCUCACUCAAAGUGUGGAGGUCACGAGCAAAAGUUCGGGAACUUCAGCUGCCUCCUGGAGACUACCACAUGGAGCAAGCAGAGCCAAGCAAGUUCUUUGACCGAGCUGGGCCUAGUGGUUCAUCAAAGGGGUGCGACACUGCUUGAAAAAUAAAUGUUGUGUGUUGGAAUUCACAA